GAUGGACACCAAUCUGGUAAUUUCGUACUUCACAACAUUUGUCCUUACAACCAAGAUUAGAUCCAGGAUACAAGUUCCUGAAGAAAUGCGCACAAUAUCAUUGAGACGGCUACGAAUGCCCUUAUUGGGCUUUGUUCUUUGGUACUUGCGAUUCUGGAUUACCGCGGCUACUGAUGGGAUGUUGCCAAUAAGUCAUUCUACCGAUCGCGACAUGGAUCCAGAGAUAUUCGAUGACCUUGAUGAUAUUACGGAUUACGAUUUCUUAUCGCCUUCAAAAAGGCCCCGACUAUCCGACCAACACGCUAAUUCUAUAAACUUAGGUUCAGAAAACUCUAAUGCAAUUGAAUUCUUUGACGACUAUUUUCCUGACCUUUCCGGUGGUUCAACUUCAACAAGCACUGGAUCAAGGUCAACUCGUAGCUCCGACACUUGGGAGCCGAAGGACAAAGUUCCUGACGUAGGUAUCUAUCACGCAACCAAUCCCUUUCAAGCCUCAUUACCUUUGAUGAAGGACCUUGGAUGGCAAGGAGGAGUGACAUCGGAUCGACAAGCUGCACAUCAACCCCUGCCAACUGUGAAAACCAAGCUACGUGGUCAUAGGAAGCCAGGAGAAAGCCUUGGGAUUUGGGGAUCAAGAGCGGCAUUGUUGAAUACUUGUCAACCAAUCAACCAAGUCCAACUGUCUGAGAAUACUGAUAAACCUCAUGAUCUUGAACAUCUAAUCACUCAGAAAGAUAUAAUUGGAGAUCAAGAAAGCCAUCAAAUUGUCAAAGACAAAACUGGUACAAUUUUCAGAAAUUUUGAGAGUUUCAAAGCAGACCAAUCAACAGCGCAAUUGAUGAAGGGUUUUCAACAAUUUAACCGGGCACAUUUGCCUGAUGAAAUUCAUAGUGUCAUUCCACAGAAAGAUAAAAAUGAAAACCAAAGAAAUCAACAGUCCAUUGAAGUUGAGACUAGGUUGAUUGGAAAAACAUUCAAACCUGGUAUAAUUGAGGAAAAAGUGACAGUCAAAAAGCCAGUGCAGAAAACUGUUGGGGCAAGUUACAAGGAGUUGGACAAGUUCAGAGCAAAUAAGAAACUAGCUGGAAUGGUUAAACGUACCCAAAACUUGUCUUGGCGGCAGAAUGCUGAAGAUAAACAAAUAGCCAAAUCUAUUCAAAAGAAGAUAAAGAUGAAAAUGGAUGUUUUGAAAGAAUUGUAUAAGAUUAGAAUCAAUCCAAAAACCAAGUUCAAAUUGGGAAAUCUUUUACAGCAACCUGAUCCAGAAGUUUCAGACAGAGACAUUAUUAUUCAUGUCUGGAGUCCUCAACUUGGAUUACUGGAUCAAGAUGGGAAGAAGGCACAUCACAAUGUCUACAUCAAGAUUCCAUUGCAAUCUGAAACCAAGAUCAUCUUCCUCUCCUGGGUUGGGCACAACUAA